GAAGAAGAAGAAGAAGGCGACCAUGUUGAUUGAAAGGAGGAAGAAACACAAUAGAAGCGAUUUAUCUCAAGUAAAAUUCACUUAUUAAAGCGACUUGCAAAGAAAGUGACCGACCGGCCGUGACCUAGACAUCCCGAGGAUAACAGCAGACUGACUGAGGUGACAAGUUUGAGUCGUUGGCUGACUUUGAGGAGGCAGCGGUUUGAUAGGGGCCACACUCGCACACUUUACACACCAACCUGAAGGACUGCGGAGUCCAGGGAGAGAAGAUCGAACACCUGGAGCAGAGAGGAAACGCACAGUGAGGACACAUCAGGGGUGGAAAGCUGUUUGGCUUUGGACUACAUAACCCCCUGUAUGACUAGUAUUUUCAGGAUCCUUAUUUUUUCACACGUGGAGCAACAUACACCCACGCAGUGGAAAUAACAGAGAAUUACAGACUAUAUGAUUUUGGGGAAAGACUUGUACAAAGUUGGACAUCCUUUUUUUUCCAAGGACAGGGAUAUUGAGCAACUCUUUUCGGACUCAAAGUGGAAACAAGAAAUUGUUCCAUUCAGAAACAGAAGUUUAAGUAUUGAACUAAGAUUAUAUUGAAGAAGCUAUUCCCCAAAUUCAGAUUGCCUUAGUUGUUCUAUUUCAGGACUUGAACCGCUUCGAUACUUGUUCAUAUAUAAUUUUUCUAUAUUGUGGGCAAGUAUAUUCAUGCAUAUUAAUGCAAAUUUCUCUUCAUUUUGAAGAGCUCUUGUGUAAAAACUUUUUUUUGAUGUUCCUGUACGUCAGUCACUCUGUUGUUUGAAGGGGACCGACUGCACGUACUUGUGUAUAUGUAAAUAAUACGAGUCAACCUCUGUUGUAAAAGCUUUGGACUUUAAAAGAAUAGAGAAUAUUGUUUUGUUAAUGCUUUAUUAAACUUUUUUACUUUUGAAGAGAAUUUUUAAAAGGAAGACCCUAAGAGGCAAAAAAUUUAAUACUUUGAAGAAAAAAUAAAUUAACUAAGUCAAGGAAAAAAUGGCAACCGCCAGAACAGAAAACCUUGGCACAGCCCUCAUGGGACUGAACAAGCAGAACGGGCAGCUCAGAGGACAGACCAAACCAGCUUCAGUCCAGCCAGCACCUACCACUCUAGGGAAGGCUAUGGGCACACUCCAGAAAGCAGGCUGCCCCCCACAAGAGGGAGGAGGCAUCAAGUUCGGAGACGACUGGAAAAGGAGCCUGAAGCUCCCGCCCAGAGACACCAGGGUCAGAACCUCCGAUGUGACAUCCACCAAGGGGAAUGAAUUUGAAGAUUACUGUCUCAAACGAGAACUCCUGAUGGGCAUCUUUGAAAUGGGUUGGGAGAAACCAUCCCCCAUUCAGGAGGAGAGCAUUCCCAUCGCCCUGUCCGGACGGGAUAUUCUGGCUCGGGCUAAAAAUGGAACAGGAAAAAGUGGAGCCUAUCUCAUCCCCAUGCUGGAGAGGAUAGACCUGAAAAAGGACUACAUACAGGCCAUGGUCAUGGUGCCCACUCGCGAGCUGGCACUGCAGGUGAGUCAGAUCUCCAUCCAGAUCAGCAAGCACCUUGGAGGAGUCAAGGUCAUGGCCACCACCGGGGGCACCAACCUGCGAGAUGACAUCUUGCGCUUGGACGAAAUCGUGCAUGUGGUCAUCGCCACCCCUGGCAGGAUCCUGGACCUGAUAAAGAAGGGCGUGGCGAAGGUGGAUAGGGUCCAGAUGAUGGUGAUGGACGAGGCGGAUAAGCUGCUGUCUCAGGACUUUGUGGUGCUCAUUGAGGAUAUCAUCAGCUUCCUGGCCAAGCACCGGCAGAUCCUGCUCUACUCUGCAACCUUCCCCAUCAGUGUGCAAAAGUUCAUGGCCAAGCACCUUCAGAAACCAUACGAGAUUAACCUGAUGGAGGAGCUGACUCUGAAGGGCAUUACUCAGUUCUACGCCUACGUCACAGAGCGGCAGAAAGUGCACUGCCUCAACACACUGUUUUCCAGGCUUCAGAUCAACCAAUCUAUCAUCUUCUGUAACUCCACCCGGCGAGUGGAGUUGUUGGCCAAGAAGAUCACUCAGCUGGGCUACUCCUGCUUCUACAUCCACGCUAAGAUGAUGCAGGAAUACAGAAACCGGGUGUUCCAUGACUUCAGAAACGGACUGUGCAGGAACCUUGUCUGCACGGAUCUUUUCACCAGAGGUAUCGACAUCCAGGCUGUGAACGUCGUCAUCAACUUCGACUUCCCUAAGAGCGCUGAGACUUACCUCCAUCGCAUUGGAAGAUCAGGGAGGUUUGGUCACCUGGGGUUGGCCAUUAAUCUCAUCACGUCAGAGGAUCGCAUAAACCUGAAGGCCACUGAGGAGCAGCUGGUGACCGAUAUCAAGCCCAUUCCCGGCAGCAUCGACAAGAGCCUCUACGUGGCCGAGUACCACUCGUCCAGCGGCGACUGCGACGUGGAGGAAAUCGAAGAGAAAUCCGGACAACACGACGACAGCAUCUAAAAAAAAAUUAAAUGUAAAAAAAGGACAUUAGGACUCAUCGGGCUCUUGCUAAGACGUCAGCGCCCGCAGUCUUCAGGCAAAUCUUCAGUUUCAAGUUUUCCCCUCAUUUUCAGAGCCUGACAAAUGGAUGUUUAAUUUUAUUUUAGAGCUUUUCCUCAGAGAAAGUUGAAACUUUAAUUUUGCAUCAAACUCUCACUAAACCAUCACAGCAUGUGUUUGAGUUCGCAUUAUUUUUCGUCCUAAACUCAAUGGAGACCCGCGCAAAUUAUUGUCCCAGCUGUUUUGAACCAGUCGUCCUCGGAGGCCUCAUCGCCAGCAGCAACUUUGGUCCGUUUUUUAAGACACAAUGGUGUGUUUCCACCAGCCAUCGUUCUGUCCACUUACACUGCUGUUGUCACUUAAGUGCCUUACUUACUCCCGUGUGCACUCAUCCAUCCAUAGCCUGCUGUCUCCUGUCAUGCAGCGCAGUGCGAGCACAAACGAGAUGAACUAAAACCUAAUCUGAUUUUAUUUAAACAUCGCAUUAUGCAAAGGGGUUAAAAGAUGACACACACACAAACACACAUACUGGCCUGCAGAGGUGUGUGUUUGUGUAUUUGUUUGUGUGUCGAAACACGGCUAAAACUCCUCCAACUUUACUGAAUGUGAAUGUUGCAAUAAAAAAAGGGCAGCUUUAUUUAAAUACUUUGUGACUGUUUUUCCCUCACUACUAAUAAUUCAUGAGCAAAGCUAAUAUCGGAAGACACAAGCCCUCAUACUGAUUCGUGGAUGUUGGCCUGCGACCACUCAAACAGCAUGGGGAAAUUAGCAGCCACAGGCUGUGACACUAAGGCUGUCGCCUGCCAACAGUCGUUAUUUUGGAGUUUAUCUUGCAUUAAAGAAAAAAGCUUGGCUGGUGAGUCCUGUGAAAUUCAUCGGCCUUUGUAGCUGGGAGAUGAAAACUGGUUCAAAACAGCUUUGAUAGCAAAAUGUUGCCAUUUCUACGCUCUCCGUUAUUUGAGCAUCAGCGGGUCCAAGGCGUAAAGAUUCAAAGGGUUUUAGUGAACUUUGGUGCAGAACGAGAGUUUGAACUUUCUUUGUCCGAAAUAUGAGGUUUAUGAAGCAAACGUUUCUACAGAUCCUCAAUUGAAACUUUCUUUCUAAGCCCCGUCGUGACACAAUUUAGUUGGUGAAUGUAUCAGUUGCCAAUGUGAACUCUGCGGCCCAGUGGUUGAACAUAGUUGUUUGUAUGGCUGCUGCUGCAUUAGAAACUCGUAUAUAAAUGUUAAGAAACGGUUUCAUGGCUCACAGGUUUGUUGACUCUGUUGAGAACCAUGUUGACCUUCAAUCAGAAAUACAACUGAAAUCAUAAGAAAUGAGUUUCUCUCUUUGCAGCAGCAGCGAUACAUACAUUUUUUGGUUUCCUUUUUUAUAUAUAAAAAUGUGAGAAUCAUUUUUUUCCUGAGGGGUGGGGUCUUUAAUUUGUUUAUUUUUUUUGUAAAGCAAAAUUGUAGCAUCUUUGAACAGGCAGCUGUCACUUAUUUUUUGUUCCCCCCCCUUACAGAGCAUCAUAAAUUGUUUUUUCUUUUUUUUUUAAAGAUAAAAAGGAGCUUUUUAAGAUUUAUUUUGAUGCUUAAAGCAGUUUGGCUCUGUGAGGCUUUAGCACUGGGCAACUUCAGGAGGUGUUUUUUAGUUUUUUUUUGUGGUGGGUUUGCAGACGCCAAGUGUUUUUCUCAGAUGCUCUCUGGGCAUCUUGAGUCGUUCCCCCUCUCCGGUACCUAGAAGCUUCGAUUUGAACCAGUCUCUGCCUAAAAUUCCACAAAAUAUCUUCUAUAGCUUAGUGCCAGAGAGGGCGCUCAGCUGAACGGCGGGGGGGGGGUCCUGGAUGAGCGUUUGUAGCACUGUGAUCCUCUUGAUCCUGUUCCGUGUUCGUGUGACAGAUGAUCAAAGUGCUUUGAUUGGUUCUCAGCAGCUCGAUCCGGUGACCCUGAGGGCGAUAUCUAUACGAGGUGUUCAUGAAUCAUUUUGAGGAAAAAUAAAUUGUAAAUGAUUCAUUGUUUACACCAAGUCGUUUACAGUUGAAGAAAAAAAAAAAGAAAAAAUACUUUUGCUUCAUGGGUGGAGGAGGUCGAAUUUAUUUUGUUUCCCCUUGAAUGAAUUUCAGGAUUUAUAUUGAAGCAAAACCAAAAAAGUGUGUGUGUGUGAGAGAGAGAGAGAGAGACAGGAUGUGAGGGCGAGACAUUUAGGUGUGUGUGUGUGUGCGUGUGUGCGUGAGAUACAGGAUGUGAGUGAGAUAUUUGGUGUGUGUGUGUGUGAGGGGUCGUAAAAGGGGCGAUUGGCAGUUUGGUUCAGAAUCUACGUUCACAUGCAGCUCACAAGUCUUUUUUUUGGGGGGGGUGGGGGCAAAAUCUUAUCCAGUAGUAAUGGAGUCAACCUGAUCCCUCGUGGUCGACCGUUAAAUUACAAAUAAUAUCAGACCUGUUCUGUGGCUGCAUGUGAGCGUGGCCCUGGUAGGUACGUUUUUUCUUUCCGUGUGCAGACCUGUCUCAUGUUUUUGUCGGUGAUGAACGAUGUCUUAAAGAUCAGUACGAGUGUUUACAGUUGUCAGGGAUCUGCUUUAUGUUGUUCCUCUCUUUUUUUUUUCCAUCUCCCUCGUCCUCCAGGAGUUUGUGGACAUGACAUCUCAUUUCUAACCGGAAAUGUUCCCACUUUUCUGUUCUUCUCGAUGUUUUGUGUUCCCUGAUCACGUUUACCACAGUUAUCACAUGACCUCCUUUUUGACCAACAAGCAUAGAUUCCACAGACGCUCAUUGAGACCCGGUGGUCUCUCUCUGUUUGUGGCCUGAACCGAAAAUCAAAAUCUCAGACCCCUCAAAGAAAAACUAUCCUCAACAGCAACUUGAGUUUGAUUCUGUUUGCUCCGAGCUUCUGUUCCAUCAGUGAUGACUGAUCUCACUCACCAGAGUCAAAGUUUGGACUUUAAAGGACUUUCUUUAGUGAAACUAUAUCAGAACUGAUAGAAGUGAUGGUCGGAGCCUCAAUGAUGAAACACAAGUUGUUUUAAUGUUACUCAAUUUUGUGUUACGGUAAAUGUAUCCGUCGUCACAAAGGAGGUUAUGAUGAAUGCAGUAAUGAAUGUUGAUUUUUGUCAAUGUGUGUGUGUGUGUGUGUGUGUGCGUGUGCACUCUGACCUGUCGGGUCUGUAGUGCUGAAAGGGAGUGGGAGGGAAACUAGUCCAAAACCUGUUUAAAAAGUAUAACUGUUAAAAAAUAAAAUAUAAAAAAAGGAGUAAAGAAAAAAGGGAAUCAGGAAAGGUGGGGGUUCGGGAACAGAACUACUGUUUUGGCAUCGCUGCUUCGGCUCUGCAAAUUCUUAAUUGGUGAAAUUCUCCCAAAAAAUGCAUUAAUGGGCGAUUUGCCCCGUAACACUUUUACUGUGCAUCACUAAAUUGAAUUGGACGUAUUCUUUGCUGCACUAACGAGGACUCACCCGCGUUGCCGAGCAGCGAUUUGAGCCAAUUUAACGACCGACUCAGCAGAUUUGUCGCAGGAAGCUGAGGAAGCAUUUAACAGCAUGAGGUCGACGUAACGGCGACUUCACGACUCAUAAUUGGCUCUGACGUAUUUUGGUUUGAAUGUAGCUCCGGCUAGCACAACAGCAGUAUUUCUCUAUUACAUGGGUAGAUUGGAGAGGCAGGACAGUGUGACAUUAAAUUGGAUUGUUAAAAAAAAAAACGUUUGCUCAAUUGAUCCUUCGUAUAAAAAUGCUUACGUACGGUUAUCCGUUUUUCUUUAGUUGUCUUAUUUGUAGUUAUCUGUCCCCUGGUGGCCCCUUGGUGCAUUGCAUCCUUUUGAACUGACAGUACUACAGCCCUUAUCCAGACUGUGUAUUUUGGGAAUUGGUAAAAUACUUUCCUCAGUCAUUGUCCCAUAAUUCUCUGUUGUGCCACUAGACACGCUUUUCAUUGGGUGUAACUGAAAAACUGUUUUUCCCCUGUUCCUUUAUGAAAGUGCGUCGAGGCAGCACAAAGUCUGUCAGCCACUUGUGUGUGAAUCACUCUGUCCUCUCCUGUUGUAACAUGGAAAUACUCACAGGGCUCUAAAAAUUCAAUAAAUUGAACAGAAAUUAACAA